CUGGCGUCACAUUCGUGGUUUUAUCACUUCAGAAAGCUCUUUCCCUUAUACAUUUGGCCAGUUUUAGCUGGAGGCGCGAUAUUCGUUGACUGGAACCACACCAGGGAAUGGAAAGCGAACGGGCGGCAGUCCGUGUUACAGAAAGAACUUUUGAGGAAAGCACAGCCAGAACUGCAGAAUGGUUCUGCUUAG